AUGAGCAUGGACACCCGUAUGGUGAAUUUUGGUUUUACGCGUGCUGCUCUCCUGUGCGGUAUUUUAUUAUUGCUAACUGCCGUGUGUUCGCUGCAUGUGACUGCUGCUGAUGGUGAUGAUGGACGCGUGAUUGUUAAUGUGAAGGAGUAUUUCUCCAUGCCUAAUCGUGCAUUUAUUCGUGAUGGGGAGUACCAUGUAAGUUACUACAAUGCUAACGCAUAUUGUGUCGACAAUGGUGCUGUGCUUCCUGCCGAUCAAACGGAGGCGGCACACCAAAGUUUGCAGGAUGCAAUGAAGCGUGUAACUAAUUCUUUUGUUGCUUUCAGCUACCUUGGUGGAGAUGCUGUGUACAGUAGUGGCGGAGUAAUUGAAGCUGAUAAGCGUUGUAAGCCUGGAGACAUUGCAUCUUCACGCUAUUGUGUGUACCGUUGGAAUAAGGGAUUGUUUGCAAAGGCUUUGCCUGAUGGCUGGGGGGUGGCGUUCUGGCAUGGUUCAUAUGUCAAAUACGGUGGUGCGGCCUCAAUGAAUGGUUACCCAUCCUUUUGGGGUAGUGAAUAUCCCAAGCGUGGUCAGUUGUAUACCCUUUCAUGGUAUCAUAAAGAUUAUGAUGUGACUACCUGGUAUGAUGGAAAAGAUAUGUCAGGACGCAUAAAGUGGACGAGUAAAAACACUGCUACAAGAACCGAAAACUACGUUAUCUUAUGUGAAGUCCACGAUUCUAUCAGCACGACGACAACCACAACAACUACAACUACGACAACAACUACCACUACAACUACAGCUGCACCUGCCUCAGGCGAAGUGCCGGAACCAACUGUGACAAAGGAUGAAGAAGUUACUGUGACAACUGUGUCAUUGGAAGAGAGAAGUAAUUGGCACAUUAUUCUCAUAGCUCUAAUUUCUGUUGUUUCCCUCAUUGUGUUGCUGCUUUUCCUUUUACGUUGGUUUUGUGAUUAUGAUGUUAAAAAGGAGAUCAUUCCCAUGACGCUGCGUGAAGUUGUUGGAGAGCCGUUGUUUGUCCUGGAGCCAACACCUUUUGUUCCCCCAGAGGGUUUUGCUGCUCCUCCCUUAGCCCUGCAAUAUUAUAACCAAAUGAGAACCAGUGAAUAA